UCUGGAUCAGUCCAGAAGAUGGAAGAUCAGGACAGAGCAGAACCUCCAGGACCCAUCAGUCCAUCUAUGAGGAGUGACCGGUCCAAAGGUCGUCCUCCAUACUUCAGUAAUGAACCUGGACCAUCAGACAGAAAGAGGAGCUUUGGUGAGGAGGAGCAUCCAUCCUGCUGUGCUUUGGGUCAGAAUGUUCUGAUGGAUCCGGUCUGUACCAGCUGCCCCCAGUAUGGGAAACGACCCAGAACAGGAUCUGGACUGAUGACAGCCAAUCAGAGCAGCUGUGCUCCAGGACAGUUACUGGAACCGGAUCACUGGACUGACUGGUUCUGGUUUCUCUCUCCAAACAUCCAGAAGAUGAAAGAUCAGGACAGAGCAGAACCUCCAGGACCCAUCAGUCCAUCUAUGAGGAGUGACCGGUCCAAAGAUCUUCCUCCAUGCUUCAGUAAUGAACCUGGACCAUCAGACAGAAAGAGGAGCUUUGGUGAGGAGGAGCAUCCAUCCUGCUGUGGUUUGGGUCAGAAUGUUCUGAUGGAUCCGGUCUGUACCAGCUGCCCCCAGUAUGGGAAACGACCCAGAACAGGACCUGAACGGCUGACAGCCAAUCAGAGCAGCUGUGCUCCAGGUGAGACUGAACAUCUCCAAUCAGAGCUUCCUUCUAUCGUCUCUGUGGAACCAGAUCCACGUCUUUAGUUGAGAUUUGGAAAUUUAAGGUUUAAAAGUCUUUUUGUGGUCAGUUGUUUCAACUGAAUCUGUGUUUUUCCAGCUGGUGUUACUGGAACUU